AAUUCAAAGUAAUUAGAUUUUUUUGUGCACAGUCCCAGAUGCUGAGAGUUUCCUCCGCCGAGCUGAAGGAGCUGAAGGGAGGUCGAGGCGCUCAGUGAACACAAACACCUGGAAAAGUACAUUUUGCUUGUUUCUAGCUUUACCUGUAAGCGAGGAGACAUAAAUCUGCGGGAUUUAGUGAGCGGACCCUGGUGUUACUGUUCCCCAGGAGCGAGUGACAGCAUCACGCACACACCACAUGGCUGCAUCCACAUCAGACACGGUUACCCUGAGGAGCACCACGGCGGUCUCCCUCCAUGACCGCUUCACUCAGAUGCUCAUGCUCCCGAUGGCCCGGCCAGCCGUGUUGACCUUUGACCCCAGCCGGCGGCGGCGGAGCAGCCACAACCAGCAGCUGGUCCUGCUGAUGGAGGACCGUCGGUCUGUCCGGGCCGCCCUGCCGGCCAAGUGGGGUGUGAAGCGGUGCCCGGGGAAGGCCAGUGUGUGGAGCCGGCUGGGCUCGCUCAGGGGGCCCCGGCGUUUCUGUGGCGUCUGGAACUUCAGGCACUUUGGCCUGUGGAGCUUCAGGCGGCGGUACCGCUGGGGAGCCGGAACCAGACGCUACAAGAGGAGCGGCCUCACACACAGGAACAUCAGCAGCGCGCAGCUGCGGCUUCCUGUUUUGGCCCGGCUGGGUGGGCGGGUCGUGGCGAGGAGGAGCGCUGCAGCUCUGCCCGGGACCUCGACCAGGAAGCAGCCGGGACAGAGAGCGAGAGGUUGGACCAGAAUUUAUCCACACAGAGGAGGCUCGGGGGGGCAGGACAGCAGAAAAGAGCCCGUCACCAAGAAGGAGCUGGACGCCCAGCUGGACGACUACAUGUCCAUGUCGAAAAGCAGAUUGGACGCCGAGCUGGACGACUACAUGUCCAUGACGAAAAGCAGACUGGACGCCCAGCUGGACGAGUACAUGGCCAUGGCCGGAGAUUAUCACCUGGACUGACCGAACUGACCUGGUCUCACCACAUGGUGUGGAGUAAAGUUUUGAAUUAUUUGCAGCAGGAGCCCGUUUGUUUUCGUCCAGGAAAAUGUUGAAUGUGUUCGGCUGAAGUGACGCCGUGGCUCUCAGCCUCCGUGGCACCAGAUGAUGUUUCAGAUCAGAUGGAUCCUGGGACGUCCUGCAGGCUGAGAGCCGCUCAGUCACUGAAUAGUUUCUGUUCAUGUUGAAGCCGGGUUUUUUUUUUUAAUUGGUUCUUUAUUCUAAUGUUCAUGUCUGUUUCUCUCCCGCUUCAGAAAAUGAACAGAUGUUGAUUUAAUGAGACCUCAGAUUUGUUUGUGGACGUCGAGGUUCCUCUGCCUGUUCUUGGGUUCUGUGUUGUUUUGUUGAAACUGAGCUGAGCAGCUGCCGUCUGGCUCACCUGGUGUGUGUGCUGCUCACCUGGUGUGUGUGCUGCUCACCUGGUGUGUGUGCUGCUCACCUGCGCUGUGUGUGCUGCUCACCUGCACUGUGUGCUGCUGGCGGCUCCACUUCUGUUACCAAAGUCAAAACGAGGUUUUGUUUUAAUAAAAGAGUGUAGCCUAC